AAUUCAAGAAUCGAGCCCCAGAUAGCGUUAAUAGUGUCUCCCCGAACGUACUUAUAGUAAGACGGUUCAUGUGUUUGCGACAGUUUUUAGUGUUUAUUUCUCUGAUAAUAUUUGAUUAUCACUACAAUUUGCGCUACAAUUUCGAAUUAAAAUGCCACGAGGAAAAUUUGUGAAUCACAAAGGCAGGAACCGACAUUUUACAAAUCCAGAGGAGUUGGAAGAGCAACGGCGUCAGGAGGAGAAAAAACAACAGUGGAGAAAAAAUAAAGGACAGGAGAGCUCUAGUGAGGAAGAGGAUGAUGAAGAGCCUAAAACGAGUGGAACCAAUAGAUCAAAGAAUAGUGCCACAGACAGCGACAGUGAAUCAGAAUCAGAAUCAGAAACAGAGGGAGGGAAGGCAAAAGGUGUAGAGAAUUUAAUUCAAGUAGAAAAUCCAAACAGGGUACAAAAGAAAACUAAAAAAUUGUCGCAAUUGAAUCAGUCGUUAGACUCUGCAAAGCCAGAACUAUCUCGUAGAGAAAGAGAACAACUGGAAAAACAAAAAGCCUAUGCGAAUUAUCAAAAAUUACAUGCAGCUGGUAAAACAGAUGAAGCUCGUGCAGACCUAGCGCGGUUAGCUAUAAUUAAGCAGCAACGAGAGGAGGCAGCGAAACGACGAGAGGAAGAAAAAAAGCAAAAGGAGUUGGCGCAACAAAAGAAAACCGAACUGACGCAAAAAGCUCUUGGAAAAAAGUCAUAGAAUGUUUUGAUGACUAAUUGUAUAAAUAAUUGAUCACUACUAUAUUAAUAGAUCCGAAAAUUUGUUCCAAUUUUUAAAUUUUGAUGAAAUUUGGUAAACCGGUCUGAAUAUUUGCUAUGUGCAUUUUAUGAUAAGUUAAGGUGUAAUUUUAUGCAAGUGAAAAAACAUUUACUUUUUUUCCAUUGAUCUUUGACAAAAUGUCUUAACAAGAGUACGCUCAAAGAGUAGUUCAGUCGAACUAAUGUAAAAACUGCCACCCAACUACAUUUAAUCAAUUUAAAAUAAAAUUUUUUGAUGGCUCCAGUAAAAAA